AUGAAGCAGGAACAUGGCAUCAAGUCGGAACCCGAGGAUGUCAAACCUAGUGUUCAGCAGCGCGGCUUCCGUGACAUACCACUUUUUUCGAUGGGCUCGUCGAAUGCUGUGACGCAUUUAAUGAAGUUUGCUACUCAUACGCGAGUUGAUCCAAAUAACGAGUCCCAAUUUACACCACCUGUCAAGCUGAAUCGCAAGUUGCCGCUACGGGUGAAGAUGCCGCCUGCCAAGCCCGGUGAUCAGGUCAUUGACAAGUGGGGCAAACCUGUUAUGGACAAGGAAGGACAUGCAUUGAAAUGGCCUUCCCACGAUGUUGACUUGGAGACGAUUCGUCCGUAUCUUGAUAUCGAUAAACCAGCAGCACAGGAGAAUGAUGCUUCCACUGGCUCAGGCACAAGCUUCACGCGCAACCGCAUGUUUAAGAAGCGGGUGCGCGAGGUGCAUAAGUCAUCCAGCUCUGCUCGUCGCACGCGAAACGAAGAAUACUAUCCGUGGGUCCUUGAAGACUUUGAAACGCCGCAGGAAUGGGAGAGUUCCCGCGAACCAUUGCCUAACAGUCUCAAGGCACUCGAGGCUUGGUAUUUUGCCGAGAAAGAGCGGCGCGAAUCUAGGCGCGAGUUGCCUGCGCCAGAAAUAAAGCAGGAGGCGAACUCUUCAUCGUCAACCAUGGCACCCCAUGCACCUUGGGUCGGGCAACUUGAAGGCGACUCUGACGAAACGUCGACAUCGCAUCAUGUUCUCUUCGCAUUUGAUGACAGAAAUGCAGGCGGAUUCAAGGUCGUGCCGGUGCGUCGCCAAUACAAAUUUAUGCAACUGCACAAACGCGUUCUGACCAGCGAGCAAGUGGAAGAGGAGUUUGAAAGACAUCAACGCAGUUCGGAAACAGAGAGGUGGUUCAUGCGCGAUCGUUACAACACUGGUGCAGGUCUUGGUGCACCUGGAGGCAGCUCAUCCGGACAAGCCAGGGGUCGUAUGCCUGCACUCGCACUGCCAGGACAACCAUCUCUUGGAUGGCAAAGCAGCUCACGGCUUGUUGCCGUUAGCGGUGAGCCGCAGCGACGAGCGGAUGAUGACGACGACUUAUUCGGAACAGUGCGCAAAAAUGAAACAACCUAUGACGAGCUUGAUUUUGAAGACUCAUUCGAAGAUGAUGACGAGCGUGCCGAUGGCCAGGACGAUGAUGAUGCUGACGCGAAGGAGCUCGAUGAGCGCUUGAAGCGUGAGAUGGUGGCAGAUCGCUUGGACGACGCACAUGUUAAGCGCGAACCAGACGAACUAGACGACGCUGUUGCUGUGAAUCGACGAAGCGGUGCAGAUAACCUCUUGGGAUCAUCCGAGUAUGGCCGGCACGAUGAUGCUAUGUUGACAGGCAGCGGACGGCAGAUGCGCAAGAUUAUGAAAGCACUGAGCCGACGCGAGGGUCUCGACACAUAUGACAGUGACGAGGAAGCAAAAAAUCCAUAUGCGAGUGAAGAGUCAGACGAGUCAGAUGAGGAGUUGACGGUCUUGCAUCCAGAAAGGGCUCUUCUUGCGGCUCGUGAGCAAAAAGCACGGCUUGAAAAGACGAAGGAGUCUUCUGCUGCUUCGACGCCUCCGACUCGGUCUGAGACACCGGAACUCGAGUCAGGCGUCAAGCGGAAGAACGAAACAGCUCGUUUGGACGAGGCAAAGAAAAAGGCUCGCACCGAAUCUCGGUCUACUUCACCUGUCCGCUCAGGCUCGCCAUCGGCGCGCUCUUUAUCGCCUCUAGAGACAGAGAUUGUGCAGCUUAUAUCUUCGGGCCGUGUCGCAUCGACGAGCGACUUGGUGCAGCAUUUCCGGGCACGAUUAAAGCAGGAUCUAUCGCUAAAAGAGCAACUCAGCUCAGCAGUGAAACGGAUUGCCUAUAUGGACAAGAAAGAGAACAAACUCAAGCUGAAGGAGUCUGUGCUUGCUGACGCCGGAGCCAUUUCUCCGCGCGGUAGUCGCCCCUAA